GGUAGUUACUCUUUCUCUUUUCAUCACCCAUUAUUACCAUCACCCAUUACCAUCACCCAUUACCAUCACCCGUUACCAUCUCCCAUUACCAUCUCCCAUUUUUAUCAAUUACAAUUAUAUAAGCACUAUUUUUCUAUUUCUAUACCCCUCCUCUGUCACUAUCGCACGACGUCUACAACGAAUCCGAAUCGCUUCUGUAUCGUGUUGUAUAAAAGAGUUGUUCUUUGCUGUAUCUACUGCUUGAGGCGACCCUGCUCGUGGUAGUCCUUGUGCAAUUGCUGCUUAGAACAACCCCGCAAGUGUUAGCUUUCAGCAGGAUUUACACCUACGCCGAGAACAACUCCAAAACAACUUAUACAUUCGGUUUUGUGGAUAACAAUUCCACAUCAUUUUGAGCAAGAGUCAAGGCUGCUCCAUAGCCUGGGUGGGUGGGAAUCACACGUAAAGUAUAGGUAUGAAUCAUGUCGAAUCCAACGAAUAUUUUGAUCGAAAAACUCAAACUACGUUGUCUUCUUCGCGAAAGAGUGUUUGUCAAAUGGGAAGAUCAAUCGGGUGCGCCUUGUACGCUAGGUUCUCGCCUGAAGCGAAAUGGGCAGAAUCUCGAAUUUUUCCUAGCUGCAUACCACGAUGAGGAAGGACGUAUUCACAUUCACUUUUCUCUCAAGGCAUCAAUCAUACUCGGAGGCGAUAGGGAGAAGAUAGAGAUGUUGUUAGUUGUUCCCCCAGACGCCAACUUCGCAGAGUCGUCCAAGCGACGUUUAAUAUCGAAUAUUGGUAGUUUAUCUCGUCUCGAUGCUUCUGCCAUUCACGACGCUGGACUCAGCGAUUCAGUACAUGUUAUCUGUUUACAAUUCGAUCUAAGUACAAAAGGAUUCAUCGUCACAAAAGGAAAUAAUGCUGCAAAUGCAACCAUCAAACCCCGGAAUUACACCUCAAAAGAAUUGAUUUGUGGCCUCGAAUCUCUCUCUGAUACGAAAACCUUCACUGUAUAUAUCAAGCCAAAUGAUUAUGCGAUGGUGGGUUUGGAAGAAAUUCGUGAUCGCUUGAGUAACUCCCCGAUCGAUAUACACAAAACCAAUAUCAACGAGAUAUAUACUCAGCAAGUGCCUGAAUUGGUGGAAUGGAAUAAACUUGGCUCAAUGUCGCUGCUACCACCAUACACCAGGAAUCCUCAACUAUUUACAGAAGUGCAGGCUCCCCGGUCACUGCCAGUCCUCGAACAGGAAACGUCAUCGGUCAAUAUUGUCUCUCAUGACUGUGAAGGGUUGUUAGAUAUUCAAGUGAAUUUGGAUGACAUCGAAAACGAUCCAAGAUAUAUCGAAAUGAACUUCGGUGUGGAUUCGGACGAGGAACAGCUCGCCAAGGAACAGCUCGCUAACUUGGACUCUCGGGGAUUAAAUCAGCAACUUGAUUAUGAUUCCAAGGUAUCACAAGCUCUUAAUUCCAAGGUAUCACAAGCUCUUGAUUCGAGGUUGUUGAAAUGGAUACAAACAGCGAUACGAAUAAACUCAAAUGUCCACGAACACAAACAUUUGACCAUCAAGUUUUCAAUCCUGGGUAAUUGUGUUCGUAUAUCAGAUACUAGUUUAUUUGAUGCUACUUUACUCUGGUGUUCUGCAUUAUUUUUCUACGACCCGCUCAAUUCCGACCCCGAUAACACUCUCGGGUUAUGGAAGGAGACAAAUUCGUGGCUCAUUUCAGAUAUAGCCAAAUUGAUUCGAUGGGCUAAUGGAAUUCAUCAUGGUAUCGAAAUGGGUCCGGCAUUAAAGCAAUUUAUGAGGCUGGGUGAUGCUGCUCGUACUACUGCUCUAGAUAGGAGAUGCAAUCGAGACGAGUAUUAUGAUCAGAAAGGUGUUUGCAUUACUCGUGUGUUAACAGAGUUCAGCAAGCUGGGUAAUAGUGAUAGCAGAGAGAACAAAUCUGUUUGUGAAAAACGGAAAAGUUUGGAAGCUCAUUGUACUGCUUCUAAGCUAACCAAAAUGUAAUUUAUUCAAUGCUAGUUAGUUUGCGCUCUUUCGUCUUCUUAUCUUAAUGCAAUAGCCUCACUUCAUUCUUCA